UGUCUGUCUAUCGGUCCACCUGUAUCUAUGACAACAAGCAACAACAAAAGAUACGUUGCAUGACAGCUCGUGUUAGCUCUGAGCCGAGGACCGUUAGAUGACUGUUUGCCAACAGGCUAACUACUGUUUCUUUUUGCUCCCAACAUUUGAGAGCGUGUUACGAUAUUUGACGAUGCCACCCAAGACUAAAAGCAAAAAGGCCGUGAAGGGGAAGUCGGUGGUGGACGGCCUUUCAACGGAGGAGAUGUCCAAGGACCAGCUGGAGGAGCACAUCGUCCGCCUCCGAGAGGAGCUGGACAGAGAGCGGGAGGAGAGGAGCUACUUCCAGCUGGAGAGGGACAAGAUCCAGGCCUUCUGGGAAAUCUCCAAGAGGAGCCUGGAGGAGCAGAAGGCCGAGCUGAGGAACCGACACAGGGAGAGAGAGGAGGCAGAGGAGCGCCACCAAGUGGAGAUUACUGUAUACAAGCAGAAGCUGAAGCACGUUCUGUCUGAACACCACGGCACCAUCUCCGGGCUGAAGGUGGACGCCGUCGCUUCGACCACGCUGGUCCAGAACCAGCACACUCAGUCGGAGCUCGGGCUUCAGAGGGAACUGCACGGCCUGCAGGCCGACUUCAGGGAGAAGAAGCUCCACAACGAAAACAUCAUCAAGGAGCUGAAGCUGAAGCACCAGGUGGAGUUAAUGGAGCUGGCAAACAACCGUGAUAAAAUAAUCAGAGACAUGGAGGUGAAAUAUCACGAGAAAAUGCAGUCGAUGACCGAAGCGGAGGCGAAAAAGCUUCGGGCCGAGGUCGACGGCAUCGAGGACAGAAUGAAAAGCCGCGUUGAGACUCUGAUAGAGGAGCACGACAGAGCACUCAGACGCGCCGACGAUUACUACUCUGCUGUGCAAAAGAAACUGCUGCUGGACCAGAACAAGCUGAAGGAUGAACUUGCGAAGGAGACAAAGCUGCAGACGCGAGUGGAGAAAAAGCUUUCAGCGGCAGAGCAGGAGAACAAACGUCUGAGCGAGGCUCUGCAGGAAGCCCAGCAGAAGCUUCCCGAGUUACAAAAACAGCAGCACGACUACAAGCAGGCCAAGACCAAGAUCGUGGCAACUAAAGCUCGAGUGAAGGUCCUUGAAAAGGAGCUGAGGGACCUGUCGAUGGAGCACGAGCUGCUGCUGCAGGCGUUCGAGAAGGUUCAGCAGGAGCGCGACGAGCUGUUGAAGAAACAGACUGAGGUCAUCCUGGACAUACGGCAGAAGAGCGGACUGAAGCAGCUGCUGCUGGAGAGGAAGUUGGCAGCUCUGACCGAAACUGUGGAGAAGAAGGAGGCACAGCUCUGCGCCGCACUGUCGGCUUCCAACAUCGACCAAACUGCAGGCAGCAGGGCCGCAAACAAACUCCAGGGAAUGCUGGAGUCUAAACAAGCCACCAUCGAGGCCUUACAGAGCGACUUGGCUCGAGAUUGUACGGUCAGUUCAUUUAAAAGGGUUUUCAUGCAGUUAUUUAAUAAUUCUGAGCGUAAUCGCAGUCAGCUGAAUGACAUAAACGUGUGUGUGACCUGCAGGAGUACGACGACCUGCUGCAGACCUGUAAGGAGAAGCUCAAGGAUUUGGACGUCCCUCUGUUCGACUUUCCCUUCAGGCCUUCGGAGCGGCUCCUGGGUGGACAGACUCGGGUACAGGACUCUCCUGGACCUGCCUCCAAACAAUGAAGUCAUCCAGGUGUCAGGUGUACACUCACCUGCUCUUCCCGGAUGCUUUCCAACCCCAAAAACUACUUGACCUCUCCGCCUCUUGAUCAUUUCCUACAAGUCACAUAACAUUAAUGAACUUUGACGUCCUUUCUCCUUGUUAUUCAACCAAUUCAUGUCUUUCCAUCGAUGCUGCUGGUGAUGACGCUGUUUACCAGGUAAACUCUGAUGUCUUAUGUUGGUAAACAACAAUAAACUAAUGACUCAAGGCA